AUGUGCUCACCUCAGACAGUCUACUUGCACGAGUCAAUCGAAACCAUUGAUCCGGAAGACUUUUUCGACGUCUUAAUAAUUGGUGCAGGACCUCACGCACUUGGUUUGGCAGCACGAUUGAGGGAACCUCGUCCAGCAGCGCUUUACACGGAUAUAGAGCACUCCAGAUUAGCAUUCCUGCAGCGACCGGAUGCCGUCAAGCUGCCCCGUCAACCGAAAAAACCUUAUAACCUUCGAGCUCCCAAUCCCAUCAAGCUUAGAGAGCAAGCGGGAAAUCAUUUUGAUGACGAUUCUUUUCCGCGAUUAUUGGCACUGGAUGGAAGCUCCCCAGAAUGGCUGGGACGAUGGAACGGUUUCUUCCACCAUCUCGAUAUCCCACAUCUAAGAAGCCCCAUGUUUUUUCAUCCAUCUCCUGCGGAUGUGGAUGGGUUGGAGGCAUUCGCUCGAAGGAUGGAUCGCGAGAAGGAAUGUGUAGAUUCAGGCGGAGUAGAGGAUGUCCUACCUACUGUGGGUCAAUCAAAAAGAGGUGGAGAUAAGAUACGCAAAAGGGCAACUAGAAAAAAAGGUUGUUUAAAGUCUUCGCUUGGCGCUGAAAUAAAUGAACGAGACCGCAGUUCAUACGCGAGACCUAGCUCUGGAGUUUUUAGAGACUUUUGUAAGAAAGAAUUGGUGGAAAGAUAUCAAUUAGAUCCAGUGUUACGACAAGAGACAGUCGAAUCAUUAAGUUUUGGUGAUCUGCACAUUAGGACAGAGGGACGUGGACGUGGGUUCCGGGUGAUGACCAAAGAAGGAAAAAGAUAUGGCGCCAAGUUUGUGGUCAUGUCCAUUGGAGGUCAAGAGUGUCCAGCGAUACCGAAAUGUAUCAGUGAAUGUACUGCCCAACUGGAAAGCUUGACCGCAAAACGUCACGACUCUCAUCAAGGUCCUGGAUGGUGCCACUCCAGAUGUUUUUCUUACGGGGGUACCAAAGAGUUCAAGCAAGCCAUCAAGGCGAGUAAAUCAACAAACCAAGGCACCAUUCUCGUGAUCGGUGGAGGACUUACCUCUGCUCAAAUAGCAGAUCUGGCCAUCCGAAAGGGCGCCGCAAGAGUAAUCUUAGUUUGCCGUGGCUACCUGAAAACAAAACAUUACGAUUUCCCAUUGUCUUGGGUGACGAAGUACAGCAACCUGGAAAAGAUGUCGUUUUGGCAAGAGGAUUGUCCGAUGGCACGCUUGAAGAUGGUUCGACAGGCAAGGAAUGGAGGCUCGGUGAAUCCAUCGACUUUGCUUUUGUUGAAAAAACGCAUAGCCGAAGGGACCCUCAGUUUACGCACGCACACAACUGUUACCCAAGCGAUGUGGGACAAAAAUACCGGACGCUGGACUGUUCACUUAGUUCAUCACCCAGAAAAAGCUGCCGAUCCUGUGGAGAAACCCAAGCCCGAGAUCCUUGAGGAUGUGACAUUUAUUGUAGCUUCGACGGGCGGAAAGUUGGAUUUCGGCUCUAUUCCGUUCCUUUCUCCGUUGCUGCACCCCGAGCACGAUCAAGGCAAACAAGACGACCACCCGUCAAACAAAAAAACGGCCAAUGUACCAGGAAUAAUUGAAGGUCUUCCUUUACUGACGGAAGACCUUCAGUGGGGGAAAGAACUUCCUUUGUUUGUGAUGGGCGCAUAUGCUGCAUUGGAGUUAGGUCCAGAUGCUGCAAACCUCAGUGGAUCAAGGGGCGGAGCCGAACGGAUUGGAUCAAAAAGCACGAGUAAGCCGAUCUUGUCACCGGAACCACCGGCCGACAGCUCACCUGAAAUUGAAUCGACACUGAAAGAAUCUGAAGUACCUACCGCCGUGAAAGGAGUAAUCGAACAUCAUAUGCCCGACAUUUUCCCGGAAAAACCCCCGAGUUGUUCAACUAAGCGAGGUCGAUGUGCUUUCAAAAUGGGUGCUCGAGAGCGGAGAGCCGGAAAUGUCGGUGGCUGGUAUGCUGGAUUGGAAGAAGUUGUGCUUUGA